GAGGCGCUGCCCGCACUGAAACUUCCGCAGCUGCCGGGGGCAAGGAGCAGGAGCAGGAGCAGGAGCAGCGGCGGGACAGCGGAGGUCCCAGCGGGGAGAGGAGACACCCGUCUACCUGCCGCCCCAUUACCGACAUGACCAACACCUCAGCAAACUGGUCCUGCCAAGGCGACGAGCGGCCACACACCGACAACCUGGCCGAACUCGACUGGUAUCACCACGAUCUCUCGCGCCAUGCCGCUGAAGCUCUGCUCCUGUCCAACGGCAAGGAUGGCUGCUACCUGCUGAGGAAAAGUCACGAUGCUCCAAAUUUCUACGCACUGUCGGUAAGAGGCAAAGACUCCGUCAAACACUUCCAGAUCGAGUGGAGUGAAGGCUCGAUUAAAUUUGGAUUCAGUGAAUUUCAUUCUGUCUCCGAGUUUGUCAGUCACUUCGCCAAUCAGCCGCUGAUUGGCAGCGAGACAGGGACGCUGCUUGUACUGAAGAGUCCAUACCCUCGGCAAGUGGAGGAGCCUUCCAUUUACGAAUCAGUGCGGGUCCACACAGCCAUGCAGACAGGACGGACAGAGAACGACCUUGUUUCCAAGGCUCCCUCUCUGGGCACCAAGGAAGGCUAUCUCACCAAGCAAGGAGGCCGAGUAAAGACUUGGAAAACCAGAUGGUUUAUUUUACAUAGGAAUGAACUGAAGUAUUUCAAAGACAAAAUGUCUACAGAACCAAUCAGGACACUGAAUCUAACUGAAUGCACUGCGGUACAAUUUGACUACUCACAAGAGAAGAUUAAUUGUUUCUGUUUAGUAUUUCCUGAACGAACAUAUUAUAUGUGUACAAAGACAGGAAUUGAAGCUGAUGAAUGGAUCAAGUUAAUACGAUGGAAACUGUCUCAAAUGAAGAAAGCUGCGAAAACUUAAAACUAGCAAACUUUCCACCAGUAUGAAGACAGCUUUGGACGAACUUCAAUCGAGAGUUGGGAUUCUGUUCAUCUUGCUGUAGUUUCACUUUCAAAAAUCCUACCAGGAUUCUCCAUUUGGGGAAAAAAGCCAAACAUUGGGGCUCUGAUGCUGGAGGAGUGAUUUCAAAAGCAGCUGUUAAAACUUAGAACAUACAUUGAAGUAAUAUGCAAUGU